CAACAAGAGACAGAUAUUAUAAAAGAGGUUCGACGAAUUAGUGGACAGUUGACAUCAGAAGCAAAAGCUCACGCCGCAGCUUACAUGAAAUCCCUCAAAGAUGAGAAAGAUAACCUUGAACUACAGAAAGUAUCCAUUCACGGCACUUGUGAGUUUGCCAAACAGCUCGUCCAAUAUGGCUCCCACACAGAGGUCAACGUACCAGACCCCAGGGGCGUCACCGUACUCAGUGAUGACAGACUGGUGGUUACAUGUGAUGAUGGAUGCCGAGUGUAUUCUUCCCCCGGGAAACAUGUCCAAACAUUUGGUCAGGGUUACAAGUCUAACCCCCAGGGUGUAACAGUGGACAACAAUGGACACAUACUUGUCUGUGACAAGAACAAUAAAUGUAUCUGUGUGUAUGACGCUGUGCAGUACAAUCUUAUUAAUAAGAUCGGUGUUCCUAUGUGUGAAGAUCCACGAUACAUUGCAGUGCUCCCAUGUCGUGACACCAUUGUGGUGAGUGACUAUGCUGGACACUGUGUAUAUGGAGUGACCCCACAGAGCGAUGUAGUGUUCAAGUAUGGUACAUCAGGGAAGAGUGGUUUAGGUGAUGGAUACCUGGACCAGCCCACGGGGGUAUGUACAGACAGCUUGGGGCACAUCUUCAUUGCUGACCCAGGGAAUAAUAGGGUGGUUGUUCUGACCUCAGAUGGCCAAUUGUUGAGAUGCAUCGUGGGUCGAGAACAGGUUUCAAAACCACGGUGUGUCACCACCGAUAACAAAGGACAGCUUGUAGUGGGCGAGCUGAAAGGCCAGGUGAAAACAUUUCGCUAUGUUCAUUGA